AUGAUUGAUAUCAAUGACGGGACGGCUAUUGGCAUUUUUACAACAAUUAAAGAUGUAUUUUUAAAAUAUGACGUUCCAAUACAGAAUGCAAUUGGAUUUACUUCUGAUACCACAAAUGUCAUGUUGGGAAAACACAAUUCUGUGCAAGCUUUGCUUAAAAAUGAAAUUCCCCACCUGGUUGUCAUAGGCUGCACUUGCCACCUAAUUCACCUUGCCACGUCUUACGCUAUCCGUAAAUUACCCAAAAAUUUGGAAGAUUUGUGCCGCAACAUACCUGCAUAUUUUCACAUGAGUCCAAAGAGAACUGAAUCCUUAAAACAGUUUCAAGAAUUUUUGAAUAUUGAACAUCAUAAAUUACUUACUGCAGCGAAUACUAGAUGGCUUUCACUACAAGCGUGUGUUGAUAGGAUAUUAGAGCAAUAUGAUGCCCUUAAAUUAUUUUUCACGGAAGCAGUUUUUGAAGAUCCGUCUAACACAAAUGAUUUCAUUAUGAGGAGCUUAAAUAACCCGUUCAACAAAGCAUUGCUAGAUUUCAUGAGUUAUGUCUUUUCUAUAACUAAUGACUUCAAUAAAUUCUUCCAGUCAAAAUCUCCACAAUUGUAUAAACUGCCUGAAAUGGUUCAAAAGACCUACAGACCAUUUUAUGCAGUUUCAUCAAAAAAGAGUUUAUACAGCCAAAAGUAG